UUUCUUAUACGCGUCCUUUUACUUUGUAAGUCUAAACAAAUAUUUUUCAAAUUGUCAAACCCUAGCUUUCUCUCUUUCUCUCUCUAACUUUUAUCCGCCAUGGCUUCACGGAGGCAAGUUGCCUCCCUCUCCUCCGCUCCUCCUUCCAUCGAUCAUCAACCAGAUCUCCGUUUACUCACUCCACCAGAGCCGCACGCGCAUUAUCUCAAUCCCACCCUUCUCCUACCGGUAACUUUCUUAACCAUGUAGUCAACUACGUUACUUACCCCUGGUGAAGGAUCUAACUAUGGAAAGAUCACCGACAAGUUCACUGGAACUGGCGCGAUUGGACUGGUGUGCCAGGUGAUUGGUGUUGUCGCCGUUGUGAGAUUCAGCGAAGGAUUGUCGCCGAUCCUUACGGCGUUGGAGGUUUUGGACAAUCGAUCAGAUUAGUUUUGGAGGCGGCGUAGCAUUUAGGGGAGAAUAUGGUUAGGACUAUUGCUAUGGAUGGUACCGAAGGGCUUGUCCGUGGUCAAAGAGUUCUCAACACCGGUUCUCCUAUCACUGUACCUGUUCGUAGAGCAACCCUUGGUCGUAUCAUUAAUUUCAUUCGAGAGCCAAUUGAUCAUAGAUGCGAUAUUAGUUGGUAUGAAAGCCAUAACCUGACAAACUCAAGAACCAGACGCAAUGUGAAAGCAAACAGCCCAAAAGAAUGAUUAACUGAUCAAGUGAAUGAAGCAAGUGUGGGCCUUAACACGGGUUCAUUGUUGAACACAGGUUCGUGCCUUAUUCUAUAUCCCUACUCGUAUGCUUGUUUUAAUUCGUAUUUUAUUAUGAGAUAUAACCGUGUGAUAAGAUUUUAUUAUUUGUAAUAUUUUUAAAUUGUAUAUGGGUCUUUUAUGGAUACUUAAAGGGUCUGCUUAUACUUAGUGGGGGUUAUAGAAACACUGACUAAGGUUAAUGAUUUACUUUGGAGUGGAAAUACACAUACAUAGUAAUUUAAAUAUAUCUAAUUUAAUUUUGACGUGAUUGUAAAGUUAGAUUAACUAUAUCUAUGCAUUAUAAAGAGACUGAAAUUAUGUUAAAAAUUGAUUAAUUUUUUUUGUUUGGUUUAGCUGUGAUAGCCCACAAUUAGUUAGUCUAGAAUUCCAAACCUCUUUGAUAAUAAUUUUUACAUGAUUUUUAAUAUAUUCUCUCCAUGAUCUUUUAAACUAGAUCUUUUAACCUUAAUUUAAACUUAUGAUUUGAUUAAAUCUAAAAUUUCAUGAAUUUUGUUUAACCUUUCUUGGAAAUAACUUCGUUAUCUUAUUUAUAUAACAAGUUGUAGGUUUUUUUGUGGUAUACUUCUAGUGAUGUUGGUGGAAGAGUGGACGAUUGUUUGUAUAAAGUCAGUAUUUGCAUAGACUACAAUGGGGUUGGGGGACUUUGUAACGUCUGUGUUUCCGGGCUUGCCAUUUUUAGCAAUGUAAUCGUCUAGGUUAACCUUUGUAACCCGUUUUAAAAUAAUAAGAUUGUAUUAUUUAAGUAUUA